AUGAAGAAGACUCUUCUCCUCUGUUUCAUCCACGGCUUCAAGGGCGGCGAGGACACGUUUGGUGUCGACUACCAGUUCACAAAGGACCUGCGCGACCUCGUCGCAGAGGCUCUUCCCAAGGUCAAUGUUGAAGCCGUUGUGUAUCCCAAGUAUGAGACUCGUGGGGAUCUGGGCCAGUGCGUGAGUCGCUUCCGCGACUGGCUCCAGAACAAGGUCAUCGACAUGGAGGUCGCGGCUGGUACACCGUCGCCGACUAUAGAGCCUUCUGUGCGCACCAUCCUCAUCGGACAUUCCAUGGGUGGCAUCGUCGCUGCUGAGAUGCUCAUCGGCCUGGCCUCUGAGAGACCCAUCUACACAGAGGACGGCAUCGAAAAGUCAGAGACGCCCACGUUCAAUGCCCUCAUGUUUCCCUACAUCCAGGGCGUCCUAGCCUUUGACACUCCCUACCUUGGAAUCUCCCCAGGAGUCGUGGCUCAUGGCGCCGAGGCCCAGUAUUCGAAUGCGGCGCAGGCUGCCAGCGCUAUCUCGCAGCUCAGCGGUCUCGGCGCAUCGCUCUGGGGAGCCAAGCAGGCCAGCUCACCGUCUACAUCCCCGGCACCUCCAAAGACGGUCGGCGCCCUUCCGGCUCCCCCAGCGGCAUCGGGCGGUGGAUGGGGGAAAUGGGGCAAGAUGGCCAUGUACGCGGGAGCAGCGGGAGCAGUGGCCGCUGGAGGUGCGGCAGCCUGGAUGAACCGCGAUAACCUGAGCGAGGGUUUCUCGUGGGCGACAUCGCACCUUGAGUUUGUUGGGUGUCUUGCCCGAGGAGAGGAGCUGCGUAAGAGAGUAGCAUUCCUCCUACAGCUUCGAGAAGAACUGGAUGUGGGUUUUGCCAACCUGUACACCAGACUUGGAAAGGCAGCUCCGCCCAAGCAGACCAACGUUGUUGGGACGGUACUCGGUCCAGACAGGACGUUUUGCAAUCUUCCCAAGAAGCAACCCGGAGGGACAUGGAAAGAAGCCGUCAAUGACAAGGCGACGGACGAGACGGGGGCGCAUAUGCACAUGUUUACUCCCAGGGAGAACCCAGGAUACGACAAGCUGGCACAAGAUGCUACAGACUUGAUCACGGAGUGGCUUCAGAAUGGAUGGUACGAGACAAGUGCUGAGGAGAAGCCAAUGAUUGAGGAUGCACCUAUCGAGGAGGCUCCCUUGGCUUGA